UUCAAGAAAUUAGAAAAAAAAUUAUUGAGUAUCAUUUAGUCAUUCUUACCUUGGUACCGCUGUGAUCAUUAGUUAUAAUUUUUUUUUUGACAAAAUAAGAAACAAGUGUUCUUCCUUUUUUGUUCCAUAGUAUAACUUCACAUUUGAAUAAUAAAAAGGAACAAUAAUAAAAAUAUUUCAUAUUAAUAAUGUAUAUCAUAGGCGUGUCUAGGCCUCAUUCGCAGGUCGUGCACAACAGUGGUUUAUCCAGGAGGAUAGGAUUACUGCACUAGAACUAUCAAUUUUAAUAGUCUUAUAAACGUUACAAGUCCACAUGAUGAAAAUUAAAAAAAAAAUUACUAAUCACUAUUCAGGAAUCUAUUGUGCAUUGGCGCGAAUGUGUUCACGAAUCACGAUAACAACCCGCAUGUCUUAUUUUAAGAAUCGGAAAUACAAGUUUAAUUAAUUAAAUUAAAUCUAUGAUCUGCAACAACUCACAAGCAUAAUACAUCUAAUUAAUUAUAGGUACAUUUGAACUACAAUUUAUUAAUUAAAGUAAACAAAAUUGUUUGCUUAAGAAUGAGAGUAUAGUUAGAAUGGUAUAGUUAACCAUUACUUUCAUCAAAUGUUAGCAGUAAAAAAAAAGUUUUGGGGGGAUCUAUCCGCCUAAUCACCCCCUCAAUUACGCCCCUGAUGCAAAUAUGCUACAAGUCAUCUGCCCUAAUUAUUCUGAAUUAAGUCUACUUUAAAUAUUUCCGCUUUACUGUUUAUUCCAUGAAAUUUAAUUUGUAAUCCAUGAAUCCAUGAAUCUGAUUCUAUCUCUCUCGCUCAAUGUAGGCUGACUGAUUCCUGUGUUGUGAACAUAGGAAAGCGCAGUCCAUUCUAUUAUGUCUAUGGUUAUUUCGCGUAAUCGCGAGCUAUAUUAUCAUUACAGCAGUGUGAGACGAUAAUACCAAAAAUUACUUGACAGUAGAUACAAACCACCAUUGUGUAUCAUCUAUUUAUCUGCCUAUCCGUUUAGAGAUCUAAACUUCGACCAUGAUGAUUAAACAAAAUACUCAGGACAGUACUUUAAACGACGAACAUGUUCAAUUUAAAUCAAAAGCUGUUGUUGUGGUUUCAACAGUUCGAACACCCAAUUGUAUUCGUCAUAAGGUUAACACUAAUCUAAAUUUGAAACCACAAAAUUUUUUAAGUAACGAGGCUGAAUCAUUUGGUGUGCGGUGCGUGUCUGGUGAUUUUCAUGGACUUUCUAGUUUUGAAAUGGCAAAUAUGUUUCUCGAAGACAUUGGCAAAUUGGACGUUGUGUCAAGUGCAGAAAAUAUUAAGAAUCUUUGCAAGUUGCCAUACAGUAAGAAAUCUGUUAGCAUUAUGGUACAUAGAAUUGGUAAUACUUUACUUUUCGAUGAAUUUGAUGUCGAGGAACACUUAACACAAGAUACAUUUGAGAAAUGGGCCUGGUUAAAAAAAUUCUUUUACAACAAUAUUGUAAAAUCUUCUGGUACUAAGGUUGAAUGCAUCACUUUUAAGAAGAAUAAUUCUAGAAAAAUUAAUCAUAAAAAUUUGGUAUCAAAAUUUUUGCACCAUACCAUUGGAUCAGAUUCACACAAUGACCUAAUAAAAAAUGUUUGCAAUGAAACUUCUCAACUUGCACCAGAAAAAAUAUUUCCAGGUUUUCCUCAAAUACAUCGAUUAUUUAACCGAAAUGUUUUAUGGGAUUUUGAAGACUUGCAAAUGUUAAUAGGUACAAAUUUGACAAUUUUUAGAAAUGACAAUAAUUCAUCUUUAAGCACAAAAUUAAGAGACAUGUCAAAAUCUUUAAGUGUGUUAACUGGGAUUGAUUAUUGGCUAGAAAACUUAAUGAAUGAUAUCCCUGAAAUCGAAAUUUGUUAUCAUAUAAAUGGUAUUGUCCAAAAAUAUGAACGGGUGAAGACAGAAGAUAUACCAUGUUUGAAUGGCUCGACAUUUUCUCCAAAUAUAAUUAAUGAUAAUAUGCAAAAAAUAAUAUUAUUUUUACGAUCGUCUACUAUUGUUGGACAUACACAUUGGUUAUUUAAAGGGAAAAAUGAUACGGUACAACUUUAUAAUUUGACAAUAUUAUCUUCUGAAUCAUUAAUUGAUAACCCAAAUCCAUUUAUGUUUCCAAUGGCUACGUUGUUAAACCAGGUUACUUAUAAAUUAAAAUAUAACCCAGAAAAUGAAAAACUGUAUAAUUCCAUUACUAUUAUACAUUUACUUAACAGUAACCUAGAAUUAUUAGAUAAACAUAAAUAUCCACAAGUUGUUACAUAUGUCAAUUACUUUCUAUCAGAUGUUUACAUUACACUUGGUAAUAAUCCAUCAAGCUCUAUAAAAGAAUUAACUAACUAUAAUGAAAACUCAGCUAUUUUUCAUUUUGAUACUGCUAUUGCAUCAUAUAAUUUUGUAUCAGAAGACUCUACAUCAAAACAUAAUUUAACUGCAAUCAAAUGUUUUUAUGAGGCAUUGUAUUAUAUUGGAGGUAGUUUAAGUCAUUUACUAUAUUUCAAAAAUGAUAAAGAUAUUAUGGUUGAACUUGGACAAAUAUCAUUAUCUGAAACUAAACCAAUUAAAUAUCUUGUUUCUGAAAAAAUUGCAAAUAAUAAAACUCAUACUAAAGGUAUUCGAAAGAAAAAUCAGAAACCAAACAAAGGGAAAAAAGUUUUUAAAAAAAAAGAUGAUAUUGAAUCUAAUCCUGGCUUUAUUUUAUUAUAUUAUUUUAGAUCUAUUCCAACAAAUUGGAAUAAUCCACCUAAUGUUAAAAGCAAUAAUUUGUGUAAUUUUGGCCUCAAGCAAAUGCUCUAUGAAAAAGCAUCCAGAGCAUAUUUUAAUUUAGCUGAUAAAUGGUUUGCAUGCAAUAAUUAUGGACAAGCUUUAAAAAAUUUUCGGCUAUCACUUGAAUGUCAAUUACAGAUUGCCCAUACUGAAGAGAAUUCAUUCAAACAUAUAUUAGAAUGUUGUGGCAAUUGUUCCUUGUCAAUUAUUAAUUCUUGGGAUAAAAUAAAACAGUACAUAAGUGAAUUUGAAACUGAUGAAAUGUAUGAUUUUGAAUUAAGAGAAAUGUUGUUACAUAAUUCUAAAAACUGUACUAACAAAGAUUUAAAAGAAAUACCAAAAAAAACCAUUAAAUCAAAAGAAUGCAUGUUAAAUACAGCAAAACAUUGUUUCUUACGUACAUUGAUAUUAGAAACAGAAACUGAGAAAAAAAUUACUCUGAAUAAACGAUUAGGCAUUGUUUACUAUCAAUAUACUACAUUUUACAUGAAUGAAAUAAUAAAUGCCAUUGAAACUAAUACCCCUCUAACUCUUAUAAAGUUAAAAUGGCUUCAAAACCAAUCAGAGCUUUAUUUUAAAUUGGGGAGUAAUAUAUUUAAAAAACAAGGUGAUAAGAUUAAUUUUAAUAUGAUACAUCAAAACUUAGCAAGUUUCUACCAAUACAUAGUACUAUGUUUAAAAAAAUUUCAAAUGCCCAUCAAAGAAUUAAUUAAAGAAGAUAAUAUAAAUUCUAAGGUUAUAAAUAUCUACAUGAAACUUUUAUUAGAGUUGGGUGACCGUGAGUCUGAUUCAGAACUUUGGGAUGAAUUUAACUAUGAAUUAUUUUCAAUUCUGCACUGUAUAUCAAAUCAAAACUAUUCAAUAUUAUCCAAAAACAGUUUAAAAAGCCAACAAAAAUGUAUUAAAUCAUAUGAGGAAGCUUUGAAAUAUUGUGAUUUGGAAAAUAAUACAACCAGAAGAACUGAAUAUGAGUUUAAAUCAGCAUGUAUUCACUUUAAGCUAGGAUCAUUGUUUGCUAUUAAUUUAGACAAAUAUAUUCAUAUAAAGUCUCCAAAGGUUGAUUCUGUUUUACUUCAAAUUGAGUCUUACUAUAAUACUUCAUUUGAAACCUUUUUUAAAUUAAACUUUCCUUUGGAUUGUCUUGAAGUUCUCUUAGAAAUGAUAAAACUAAACAUGCGCUUUAUUGAUGGUACAUUGCACGAUGUUAAACAUGUCAAAUCUAUUAUAAAAACAUUGAAAAAAUUUAAUAAUGUACUUGAAAAAUUUUUUAAAAAUAAGGAUUCAUUAAAACAUUUUCACAUUGAAAAUAAAAUUGAGGACUUGGAUGUUGGCAAUAAGUCAAAUUAUGAAAAGAGAAUAUUUAAAAAUUUAAUAGAUCUAAAUGAAAAUGUUUGCAAGUUUUUGAAGUGUAUGAUCAAGUUAGCCAUAACUAAAAUGUACAAAUGGCUGGCUGAUAAUGAAGAUGAACUGAAAAAUAUUUAUCGUGUACUGUUAAGAAAUAAUAUUACUGAAAAUAACUAUUCACAACUAAUGAUAGCUAUAAAUCAAUUACUAGUUUUUUUGAUAACGUGGGAGUGGAUUUAUAUGUAAAUGCCAUCGAGAUAGUUAAAUAAUUUACUGGAGUGUAUAUUUAAUAGAUGUGUCUGUAUAUCAAAAACAAAUCACGCUUAAACAUUUUUGAUGGUAAAAAAAAUAUUGGUGAACUUGUAAAUAUGCAAAAGAAACUAAGCUUUUCAAUACAAUUUAGAUACUUCUAAUGGUCUGAUUUUAAAAAUUAAAAAUUAUUCAUACUUAUUAACAAACCUACUCUACAUGUUAGAUAAAAAAAUAAAUUGAUUAUCAAUAAUAAUAAAAGUACAAACAAAAUAUUAUAUAAUAAUUUAACAUCAGAUAAUGU